AUGCUUGUCUAUGACAAGGAGAAAAUUUUGUUCGCUCGCCUCAUUGGGUUGCAAACCUUUAUGAAUACCGCAACUACCCCGGCAGCAGCUGAGCCCACAGGCUCUGUGCAAGAAAUUUUGCUGAAGAAAUCCCCUCUGCACGUGGCCAGCAGCCUGAAUCAGUCUUUUCUGGUCAAUGGAGUCUCGGCUAACCUAUUAAAAUAUCUGCUGGCGAUCGCGGGAGGCGAGGGCCGAGCCUGUCGCGACAAAGGCCAAGCCGAGCCGGGACUCGAGAGACGGAAUACACAAAGCCGCGAACGAAUAGCCCGCAGCCAAAGGAAAUUCCACCACCGAAUACACAAAGUAGCGAAAGGCUCCAGCUCCGCUCCAGCCGGCCGCGGGACGGCACAAAACAUACAAAGACAAAAACCGGGCGGAGAGCGCGACCCGAGCGGGGAGCGCACAGAAACAAACACAGAAACAGCGCUCCCGGGAAGGGCCGCCCGGCGGUCUACUGAAGAGACCGCGGCUGCUGCGGCAACCCUCCUCCCAACAACCCCCCGCCCCGCGGGUUCCACAGACUUCUCGCCACUUUGGAACUGCUUCCAAUCUAAGCCAUGUGAAUCUACGCCGGCCGCACAAAAAGCCAGGAGACGGAACCUGUUUGCGUGCGCCUCUGUAAAAUGGUUCCGGCGGGACACAGUGACUCCGGGAGGCGAUGGGCGAUGGGCGGUGGCCGCUCCCCGGGAAGCCGCGGUGUUGGGCCGUGCCCGCGGUGGUCGGGCCAGCUCCGUUCGGGUGAGUUUUAUGUUCCUGAAGCCCUCGAGCCCCGGGCACUGGCCAGUUCUCAGCUCCGUACGGAAUGCGCGAGCUCUGCGGACGGCAGGGGCCGGAGCACAUUCCCUGCUCCCAACUCCUACCAGAGCUGAUGUUCCAAGGCCAUUCCCUCAUACCCUCCCGGGCUCUGCGUGGGAUUUGCAGCAGCCCCGAUGGCUCUGCCGGGCGGGCCCUGCAUCGGCGGCCCCGCUCCGCGGGAGCCACAAGCGCUGUGUGCCUUUUUAG